UCAUACGCUUUUGGAAUUCUCCGCCAUUGUCAGCCCGCCCACCCGCCCGCCAUUCACUGGUUCACACACACACAUUGCUGCUAAAUAAAUCCCUAGGUGAGGUCAUUCAUCCUAAAAUAGCCCCAUGACCAUGGAGGUCAGAGCCAGAGCGCCUGGGAAAAUCAUUCUCGCCGGCGAGCACGCCGUUGUUCACGGAUCCACCGCCGUCGCCGCCGCCAUCGAUCUCUACACUUAUGUCUCCCUUCGCUUCCCCACUCCCCACGGUACUUUGCUUCACUUCUUCUAAUUUUUAUUAAAUGUUCGUUUCGGAUUGAUUUUCCUUCAUUUUUACUUUGAUUAUAUCGUUGAACUCAUGUGCUGUGUUUGUUGGGGGUUUACGCGGCCGUAACUGGUGGAAAUCAGCUCAGUUGUUACUUCUUAGCUGCUAUACAUGAUCAAUUUCACAAUCUACGUUUAAGAGCUUCCUCGUUUAUUUAUGAUUAAAGUUCCAAUUCCUAAUCAAUCAGUUGAUGAACUGUAUAUCUGAAGUUCGGUAUUGAUUCAUGGAGGAAUUACACGAUCGAUAUAGCUGAAAAAUAUGUAUCACCAUCAUGGAAUCCAGGCUCUCGAUGAUAACGAAGACGCACUAAAACUCCAGCUGAAGGAUGUGGACUUGGAAUUUUCUUGGCCAGUUGGAAAGCUUAAGGCAGUUCUGCCUGAACUGGGAAUCAAGUCUGCUUCCUCGCCUUCAUCGUGUUCAUUAGAGACCUCAAAAGCAAUUGCUUCAUUAGUUGAAGAACUAAAUUUAGCAGAUGCUAAGCUUGGACUUGCUUCAGGAAUUUCAGCUUUCCUUUGGCUAUAUACAUCGAUUCAUGGUGAUAAGCCAGCUAAAGUUGCUGUGACUUCUGAGCUACCAUUAGGUUCUGGCUUGGGUUCAUCUGCUGCCCUUUGUGUAGCACUGUCUGCUGCCCUCCUUUCACUAUCUGAUUCUUCAAAACUUGAUUUUAGCCAUCAAGGUUGGCAAACAUUUGGGGAGAGUGAACUAGAUCUGGUAAACAAAUGGGCAUUUGAAGGUGAAAAGAUGAUCCAUGGGAGGCCAUCUGGUAUAGACAAUACAGUAAGCACCUUUGGGAACAUAGUAAAAUUUAGGUCUGGCGAACUCACACAUAUCAAAACGAAUAUGCCUUUGAAGAUGCUUGUUACUAACACGAAAGUUGGAAGAAAUACAAAAGCAUUGGUGGCUGGUGUGUCAGAAAGGGCAGCGAGGCAUGGUAGUGCCAUGACCUCUGUUUUUAAAGCUGUUGAUUCGAUUAGCAAUGAGGUGGUUGGCAUCAUCCAGUCACCAGUUUCUGAUGAUCUUGCUAUAACAGAGGAGGAGGAAAAACUAGGGGAACUGAUGGAGAUGAAUCAGGGGUUACUCCAGUGCAUGGGGGUCAGCCAUAGCACCAUUGAGACUGUGAUCAAAACUACUUUAAAAUACAAGCUAGCCACUAAACUAACUGGAGCUGGUGGAGGAGGCUGUGUUCUCACACUACUUCCUACCCGUAUCCUUUUUGCUUGUGCUAUUCUUUUUCAUUGUUUGAUUAGUUAUAUUGUUCACAAUCUUUAUGUGCUAUACCAUCCAGAGUUUUUAUUUUUUUUUUCCUAUUUUUGUUUGAUGUCUUCCAAGUACCUAAAGUGAAUUCCAUGACUAGAUGACCUAGUAUUAGCAGCAACAGUGGUUGACAAAGUAAUUAGAGAGCUAGAAGAAUGUGGGUUCAAAUGUUUGAUUGCAGGAAUUGGUGGAAGAGGCAUGGAGAUUAGCUUUAGUGGGUUCUCUUCUUAACAUACAGCCCAGAAUCAACACGAAAAUGUAUGAUCUGUAUCUUAAUCUUCAAAUAAUGAUUUGCAGAUCCAAUCAUUCUAUCA